AUGUAUGCCAAGGGCGCAACGAAAAUCCUCGAUCCGUGUGCCAAAUGUCUGGACUCGCGCUACGCGAAGGAUUGGAACAGACGAGAAGGUGCCAAGUAUUCCCCGAUGGCAAUUGUCCCUGACCGCCGGGCGAUCCAUGAUUUCGAUUGGCAAGGUGUAGCGCCUCCUGGCCAUCACUUGAAGGAUCUGGUGAUCUACGAAACUCAUGUGCGAGGAUUCACGCGGAAUCCAGACAGCAAGCUGCAAGACUGGGACUCCACAGCUGGUACAUUCCUAGGCUUCAUACAAAAGAUCCCUCACCUCCUGAAGCUUGGCAUCAAUGCUGUGGAGCUGCUGCCUGUCUAUGAGUUUGACGAGACGGCAUGUCCCAGGAAGAACCCAGAGAAUGGCGAGCAGCUUUGCCAUUUUUGGGGCUACUCAACAGUCAACUUCUAUGUCCCCAUGCAGCGCUUUUCAUCCAGAGAUCGCAUUGGCGCAGCCAUUGUUGGUUUCAAGACAAUGGUGAGAGAGCUUCACCGUCAGGGCAUUGAAGUGAUUUUGGACGUCGUCUUCAACCACACAGCUGAAGGUGCAUGGGGCGAGCACUACUGGCACAGCUGGGCCGCGAUUGCUAAGGAUCGCUACUACAUUCUAAGCCGUGGCCACGAUACAAAUUACACAGGUUGUGGGAACACUGUUAGCGCAAAUGACCCCAUGACCUCCGACUGGAUUGUCGACUGUCUCUGCUAUUGGGUGGAGGAGAUGCAUGUGGACGGCUUCAGAUUCGAUCUGGCUUCUGCCCUGACACGUGGAGGUGACGGCAAGGUGUCCAUGGAUCCGCUGCUAAUGAGAAAGAUGGCGAAU